AUGAAGGCGCAUUAUCACGGAAGAAGAAGAAAGAAGAAUACUACCGCCGCUGCUGCGACGAGAAGAGCGUCGUCGUCCUCGUCUUUGUUGAAGAUGAUUUCGAUGAAAUCUGCGGUCGGGGCGGUCUGUGUCCUCGCCGCGGCCAGUGGGGGAUUGGUGAAAGACGCGCACGCGUGGUCUGGUGGAGCGAACAUCGUGAGCGCGGCGCAGACGACCACGACCACGAGGAGUCACGACUCGCCGGUGGUUUUGGACGGCACGAGCAAUGAGAGGACUUCGGACGACGGGACGUUCGCAGCGAUCGGAGAAGAAGAAGAAGUCGCACGAGUUGAUCAACAACAACGAGAAGAACAAGAACGCGUUCCACAAAUUACAGCGACGAAGCGAGGUUCGACUUUGAGCAACACAAACGGUAACAACAACAAAGAGGAGGCUUUACUCCCCGUGGUAAAAAAACAGAUGCUUUUGGAAGAAUUGAAAGCGACCGCGAGGGAAAAGAAAGCUUUGGAGGAGUCUUUGACGCAAACGAAACAAGAAGCGGCGAAAGAAAUGCAACGCUCGAAGGAUGAGAAAAAGGAAAGAGAAGACGCGGAGAGAGAGAAGCGAGAAGAGUUGAGCAAGAAGAAGAAUGCUAAUGUUUUUACUGUGAAUAAUGGUGCUUCAAAUGGCGAUGGCAACACGAUCAACAACGACGAGGGCGGGAGCUGGCCGGUACUGGCGAAUGCGCUCGCGGAUCCAAGAGCGCGGGCGGAAGAGAAACAGCGCCAGCAACGUCAACAAGAACAACGCCAACAAGAACAACAACAACAACAACAACAACAACAACAACAACAAAAUAAAGAUAUUCACCAGGAUGCGGCGAAUGCGCUGAGUGCGGACGAACACGCGCAAAAAAUUGUCGAUCGCGUCGUUGAAAACGCCAAGAAGAAAGCGGAAGGCGUCGCGAAGAAAGUGCUCGAGGAGGCGACGAUGAAAGCAGACUUGAUCGUACAAAAGGCGCUUGCUCAAACCACCACCACCAAUAACAAUAAUAAUAAUAACAAUAACAAUAACAACAACAACAACAAUAUCUACGAACGACAAGAGCAACGCCGAGUGGAAAAUGUCCAAAUGGAACAGCCGGCGAGCUUCGAGGAGGAAAAGGAUGUUUUCGUCACCGAGGGUAAAAGUUUGUCGUCUCCUAAACAGCAAGCGGAAGAAAGACAACCGAAACAGCAAGAAUCCGUGGAAGUGGAUGAAGCGGAGGAAGCUCCAAAAGCAUUUUGGCCGUCUCAGGAUGAAGAUUUAGAGAAUUUGGGCGACGACAACGACGACGUGAAGGAAUCGGCGGGAAUGACUGCCCCGAACGCCAAAAAGUCUGUGUCUGUCGGUGCGGCUACUGCGUCAUCAUCCGCACCUGCAAAGAAAGUCUCCGAAGACGACGAAGACGAAGGCUUCUGGAAAGACGAAGACAACGUUGCAAAAGCUGGAGAAGGUGCACAAAUCAUCGACGACGAUCUCGAGGAGGAGCAAAACGCGGUUAAAAAAGUCGUGCCUAAAAAAGACGUCAAUCCGUGGCUCGCGAAAGAAAAAGCGUCGACGAUGGACGAGGAACAAGCUGCUUCGGUCGAAAGAAUUACGCACAGAAAACCAGACGGUUCUAUCGAUUACGACUAUCCUCGCGUUCACGACAAGCCGAAAGUCGAUCGCACGGAUGUCGAUAUGCUCGGCAGCGCUCAACGACAGAAACCGGUGGCGAACCACCCCGGAUUCUCGCACCCGGAGCAAUUCAAAACUGCUUUGGCCGCGUGCUUUCGUCAGUCUCCGGAAGGUGAUUGCACGGAUUCGUACUUCGGACACAUCUCUGAAUGGGACACGUCGAAGGUGACGAACAUGGCCGGUGCUUUUAUGUACAAGAGGCAAUUUAACCAGGACUUGUCCAACUGGGACGUUUCGCAGGUAACAAACAUGAAGCACAUGUUUUACGAAGCGCAAACCUUCGACCAAGAUUUAAGUCGGUGGAACACGAAGAAUGUGAAAGAUAUGACGGGUAUGUUUUACGCGGCGCUUAAAUUCAACCAAAAUGUUGGGAAUUGGGAUGUCGGACAAGUUACGGACAUGUCGUACAUGUUCAAACAUGCGCAAAGUUUCAACUUUGACUUGUCGCUGUGGAAAGGUCCAGCAGCGGAAGCUGCUGCGCACGAAAUUUUUGAGGACGCGCAGAACUUCCUCGAAAGUUUCUCGUGCCCAGGCAUGUCCGUUCACGGGCCAGUGUCUGGAUGCAACUGGUUUAAAGCUGGUAUUGAAGAUUGUUUGAAGGAAGCACCGGUUGAUGGUCAAUGUCAUGAAUACGCGAAGACCUCUCGAAGAGGCACUAUGCCAAACUGGGACACAAGUCAAAUUCGCAACAUGGAAAAUCUGUUCAAAGAUCGCAAAGACUUUAACGCAGACAUUACGAAAUGGGAUACGAGUAACGUGAUUACCAUGAAUAACAUGUUCGAAGGUGCGACCUCGUUUAACCAACCUAUCGGAGCCUGGGACACGAGCAAAGUGACGGAUAUGUCGAAUAUGUUCCAAAAAGCGAGUCGAUUUAACAAGGAUAUUAUCAACUGGGAUGUGUCGCACGUUACGACCAUGCGUUCGAUGUUUGCGCACGCCGAAGAUUUCAAUCAACCGUUGGAGCGUUGGGAUGUUCGCAAGGUCAAAGACAUGUUUUACAUGUUCACCGGAGCGAAGAAUUUCCAGCAACCGAUUCACACGUGGAAGGGUUUGGCUGCCGACGCUGUUCAGAAUGGCGAGUGGGGAAGAAUCUUCGAUGGAGCUUGGGCUUUUAACAAUAGGUACACUUGCAGAGAUCGAGAAGGUGUUAUCAACGUCGGACCGAUUUCCACGUGCGUACCGAAAGAGUUGGCGCCGAAACCUCCGUUGGCGAUUCCAACGUUGGGCGCACCGCGAGAAAAGAGAUCUUGGAUUUCAACCGUAUUACCGGCACUCGGUAAACAUAAGUCGACUUCAGUCGACGUCCCGAUGGAUGUUAGCGAUCACUCGAAGAAGUUUACUCCCCAAGCCGGUGUUGUAAACAACAAAGCUUCGGAACAAUCGGUCAAGCCUCUGAUCACGGAGAGUUCAGACGGCGCGGAGGCAGAAAAAGAACGACAAGCGAUUCUUCGAAAAAUCGAAAAGCUGAACAAGAAACCAUCGAGUAGAAAGCACGGGAAAAUUAUCGUGCAUCACGACGAUGGUGACUACGACGAGUACGAGCACGUUCCAGAGGAGGAGAAGAAAGGAAUUUUUGCGAGGUUGUUUGGCAGUUGGACUUCCUCUUCUCCGGCAUCAGACGACACGGUAGCAUCGAGCUCUUCGUACUCGGAGUCGGAUGAUUACGAGGAUGUAUUAGCUGAACGCGAAGGCAGAAAAUUUGAUAAGAAACACGCUUCUAGAUCCUCGAAGAAAGUCUCCGCUGCGAGAGAUGAUGAUGACGAAGACACUGAUGAGGCGGCGAUGGGAGCUCUCGAAGAGGAGACGCCGAAGUCACGGCGGGAACAAUUGGAUGCGUUUGAUACCUCCUCGUAUAAAAUGCUCGGUGCGGUGUGCUUGACGGUUUGUGCGUUGGCAAUUUUGGUGGAAACCGCGCAGAAAUACGGGCCAAAGUUCAACCACGGUAUUACGUUUGAUCCAAAAGCUCCGUUUUUCCGAGAAGCGUCCAACGGGAAAGGGGCUUCCUCCACCCAAGAAACUGGUGGAUUCGGUAUUCAAACGAAAUCUAGCUAUGGUGCGAGCGAUGCAGUUUCUACCACGGGACAAAUGUCGCCAAAAAGUAGAGAUAUCGAGGGUGGUUUGGUUAAUGAAGCUCCUGGGAGCAAAAAAUUUUCCGUUCGCUCGUUGCUGAGUAAAUAA